AUGCRCAUUGCUCACCUUCUCCUCGCCUUUGCUAUCCCUGCUCUUUCUCAAACUGACACUGCCACCAACAACUACGCCCUUGUCGAUCCACUGAUCGGAUCGUACAACGGCGGCAAUGUCUUCGCAGGAGCGUCGCUGCCGUUCGGGCUUGCAAAGGCAGUUGCUGAUGUCUCUGGAGCCAAUACUCCCGGCUUCUCAUAUGAUUUGUCAAAUGUAACGGGCUUCAGCGCGCAGCAUGACUCCGGAACUGGUGGACAGCCAUCGAUGGGCAACUUUCCGCUGUCCAUACAACCUUCAUGUGCAGGUGACACGCUGGAAGGCUGCAAGUUUGGUUCCAAGUACGAGAGAGCAGUCGACUACAAGAAUGGCAGCGUCAAGGCUCGUCCGGGAUAUUUCUCUCUGAGCCUAACAGAUGGCGUUGACGUGGAGAUGACAGUCACAGAACACACUGCGCUAUACGCCUUUCAUCUCCCUGAGAAUGCAUCCAGUCCGCUGAUGCUGUUGGACUUGACUGAUCUGCAGGACAGCCGUCAAAACGCCACUGUGAGCGUAAACCAAAAUACUGGACGUAUCAAAGGGAACGGCACAUUUCUUCCAAGUUUCGGUGUCGGGUCGUAUCAAUCUUAUUUCUGCGCGGACUUCAAGGGCGCUUCCAUCCGCGAUACCGGUAUCUGGACAAAUGGUCGUGCGGGAACAGAGCCCAAAGAACUCUUUGUCAACCGUGGGUACAGUCUCUUCUACAUCCAAGCCGGUGCGUUCGUCCGCUUUCAACGGCCUCCGAGCGGGACUCUCCAGGCUCGUAUGGGAGUCAGCUUCAUCAGCACGGAGCAAGCUUGCAAUAAUGCUGAGCAGGAGAUCACGGAUUGGGACUUUGAACGUGUAAAGUUUGAAGCAGAGGAAACUUGGAAGCCAAUGUUUGCGGGUAUCUCAAUUGAACCCGGCGGUGCAUCAGAAGACAUGCAAAAGUCUUUCUUCUCCGGAAUCUAUCGAACAUUGGUCUCCCCACAGAACUACACUGGAGAGAAUCCGCUGUGGAACAGCGGCGAGCCAUACUUUGAUUCGUUCUAUUGCAUAUGGGAUGGUUUCAGAACGGCGUUCCCAUAUCUCGCCAUCACGCAACCAAAAGUCCUCUCUCAGCUGGUUCGCAGCUUGAUUGACACAUAUGUCCACGUGGGCUGGCUUCCGGACUGUCGCAUGCAGCUCUGCAAAGGAUACUCACAGGGCGGGUCUAAUGCAGACGUCGUGAUUGGAGAUGCCUACGUCAAGAACAUCAGCGGUAUCGAUUGGGAUCUGGCCUACAAAGCGGUGGUCAAUGAUGCCGAAAACGAGCCCUUUGACUGGGGAGUUGAAGGCCGUGGCGGUCUACAGAGUUGGAAGACUCUCGGCUACAUUCCGUUCAACGAUUACGACUAUCUCGGCUUCGGUCCAAACUUCCACAGCGUCAGUCGUAGUCUGGAAUACGCCUACAAUGACUUCUGCGUUGCAUCCCUAGCUCGUGGCCUCGGUCACGAAACAGAUUAUGAGAAGUACACUCAGCGCAGCAGCAACUGGCUGAAUCUCCAAAAGGACAACCAGACCUCGUUCUUUGCAAAUGGAACUCAAGUAGGAAAUUUCACGGGUUUCUUCCAACCGCGAUAUGCAAAUGGGACAUGGCGCUUUCAGGAUCCAGUCGAAUGCUCGCCGCUCGACUCAUUCUGUAGUUACUCUUCCAACCCAAAGGAGACAUUUGAAUCUGCGAUCUGGGAGUAUCAAUUUUAUGUGCCACAAGACCAGGCGACGUUAAUUGACGUACUUGGCGGUCCAGAGACCUUCGUUGCGAGAUUAGAUCUUUUGCACACAGGCGGAUUGCUGGAUAUCGGCAAUGAGCCUUCUGAGCUUACCUGUUUUCAAUAUCACUAUGCCGGCCGGCCUGGCCGCUCCGCCUACAGACUCCACACAUACAUCCCCUCUUCCUUUAACGCCUCCAUCAACGGUCUACCCGGCAACGACGAUGGCGGUGCCUCGGGUUCCUUUCUCGCAUUCGCAAUGUCCGGUCUCUUUCCUGUAGCAGGACAGAAUGUCUAUCUCAUUACGCCUCCUUUCUUCGAGAGUGUCUCGUAUACCUCGCAGGUGACAGGUAAAGUCGCAACUAUCAAGAAUGUCAACUUCGAUGCUAAGUACCGGAAUAUCUACAUCCAAAGUGCGAAAUUGGACGGAGAGGUGUAUAGCAAGAAUUGGAUUGGACAUGAGUUUUUUCUGCAGGGAAAAACUCUGGAGCUUACGUUGGGUGGUGCGGAGAGUGAUUGGGGAACUAAGCAGGAGGAUUUACCGCCGAGCCUCAAUGCUGGAGUUGGAAGUCGAGCAAUGAGAUGA